CAUUCUCUAGAAAAAUCGCUGGCUGAUUGUGUUCGUCGGUUCUGUUUUUUCUCAAUUUUAUCAAUAAAUAACUCCAGUAAUUGCAUUUAUUUUGAUUUUUCCAACGAGGGAACCCAAAAAUGGGCGAUAAAACCGAAAACGCACCUGCUGAGGCGGUGAAACCGAAGAUCAAGCAUGACUGGUACCAGACUGAAGCCCAAGUGGUCAUCACCAUACUCAUAAAAAAUGCCCCAAGUGAUAAAGUAAAAGUGUGUUAUGGAGACAGAAGUCUCUCCGUAACUAGCUCAAUCCCGUCCUCCGACUCUGAAUACAGUCUGGAAUUAGAACUAGCUCACGAGAUAGUUCCAUCAAUGUGCACGCACGUCGUCACGCCUUCCAAGAUUGAGGUGAAACUACGCAAGAAAGAGGGACUGAGAUGGAAUGUGUUAGAGGGAGAAGGGAAAGAGGAGACAGUCAAAGCUAUUCCUCAAGCUGUAAUAGACGCGUCCGGACCGCAGCAGCCGCCGAAACUAUUCAAGAAAGACUGGGAUAAAAUAGAAAAGGAAAUCAAGAAAAUGGAAGAAGAUGAGAAGCCUGAAGGUGACGCGGCAUUAAACGCUCUCUUCCAGAAGAUAUACGGCGAGGGCUCGGACGAGGUGCGCCGCGCUAUGAACAAGAGCUUUGUGGAGUCUGGAGGCACAGUUCUCAGCACCAACUGGAAUCAAGUGGCCAAAGACAAGGUAGAGGUGAAACCGCCCGACGGACUCGAGUUCAAGAAAUGGGAGAACUGAACUGAUAUUAGAUUGAGAACUUGAGAUGUUUUCUGCUUCGAAAGAACUAUUUCAGAAUGUAGGGUAGUCAAUCAAUAGACAGGAAAAAUUGUUGCACGUUAUACUCUUUGAACGUACUUACUGUGUCUGUAAAUCCAGAUCCAAAAUAUCAUUACGUAAAUACAAACAUAAUCUGCCAAAAUCCUAAAAAAAUGUUGGGUAAAAAUAUUGUAUCAAAAUCUGUUCAUCCGUUUGGGAACUACAAUGGCGCUGACAAUUAAAAAUUACAAUAUUUAAUGUCAAAUCCUAACGUAAUAAUUUAGUUCCCUCAAAUCAAAUGUACGUAGUAUCUCUCGAAUGGAAAACAUACCAAGUAGGUGUGUAAUGCAUGUCGAUAGUUACAACACUAUUGUCGAUAUUGAUUGAUGUUUAUCGAUGUACUAAUGCAAACUAGUCAACUUAUACAGUCCAAUCUGUAUUACUGUGCAUUUAGAUACUUUAUACACAAAAAUAAUGAAGAAAAAGAACUUGCAAAUUUAGGCUGUCAAAGUGUUAAUAUGUUGGCAACAUUGGAUUCACAUGUCAACUGAUAGUGUUGCCAAAUUAUCGGUACUUUGACUAUCGAUAAAAGAUAUUAUUCGUGUCGAUCGAAAGUUAUAGAUUUUUUGUUUUAUGCCACUUUUUAAUGAAGUAAAAAACGGCGUUUUUCUGAGCUACCGACAACAUUAUGACGUUAACAGAUGCACAGUAAAAUGGAUUUACUUAGUAUUCGAAAAAUCUUAGUACACUAUCGAUGUGUUUACGUUUUAAUGUGUGCCGAAGAAUUUUAUGGAUAUGUGUUGUUAUUGUAAUUUAAUCUCGAGUUCAUAUGCUUUAAAAGCACAAAUUUAUAAAAUAUUACAAGAUGGCUGCUGUAAAAUGCGGCCAUUUUGUCAAAAAACAGCGACACUGGUGCCCAAAAAGUGAACUAAAGUUCAAAUAUGCAUUUCCAUGAAUUCUUCAGUACAACUUAUUAUUAAUUUAAGUUUCAUAUAUUGUGUUAUUCGAUUAUAAGACUGUAAUAUUACGGAGAGUGAUGAAAUAAAAUAUUUGUAAUUA